AUGGAUUCUACCAAAAGGAAAUCCUUAGUAGCUCAAGUAACUUCUUCUCUUUUUAAAGAUGAAGAAAGUUGGAAUGAACGUGAAAGUUCUUCUCCAAAUGCAGAAGAAUCUAUAAAGAAUUGUUCUUCUUGGAAUGAAGUUAAAGAAGUUUCCUUGAUAGAAGAAGAUUGUAUGAAUUUAGGGACUGAAGAUAAUGUUUUAACCUCCCAAGGAGAAUUUAAAUUUUCUUCUCCUUUAAAGGAUGAGAAUGGAACCGUAAAAUGUAACGAAUGUUCAAAAAAACUGUUACCACAAGGUCUUAUUGAACACGCAGCGAAUUGCGAAAAGGCAAAAGCAAAUUCUCUGAAUUCUCAGGCUACAACAAGUAAAAUUUCUGAACAAGACAAUAAUCCAAUUUCUACUACAAAUACGAACAAAAAAAACAAUUCAAAUACGGAAGAAAAUUAUACUCCAAACAAAAAACGCAAGAUAUCCCUUACUUCUGAGGGACCUAUUGAUUUAGAUAAGCAAUGUGGUGUUAUUGUAUCACCUAACACAACGCCGUGCACAAGAUCAUUGACUUGUAAAAGUCACGCAAUGGCAUUGAAGCGAUCGGUUCAAGGCCGUUCACAACCUUAUGAUAUAUUGCUAGCUCAAUAUCAGAAGAAAGCAAUUGGACGUCCACAGAAAAAUGGUAAGAAUGAUGGUAAGAACGAAGUACCUGAAAAAGAUGAUGAUCCGUUUAACUCGGAAGAAGAAGUGGAUGCGGUGAUGGAAGCAUUAAUAUGUAGUAAACCAGAACCUCUCGUGACACGUCCGGAUUCUUAUGUCUCGUCUACAA